CCAACUCACGCAGCCCACCGCUCCUCCGUUCGCCGCGACGAACGAGCUUCCUCGCCGGCGCGGCGGGUCUGUGCUGCCAACUCAGGCCGCCCGAUUGGGCGGGCUCCGAGCUGCCGAGGUCGAGGCUUUACAUGAGGCUGCGCGCCACCGUUCGCACCGGUCGGUCCGUCCGCGGCUGCUGCCGUGGCGCGGGGGAGGAGCUGCCUCUCCGACCCGGCGGACUCCUGCACCUAGGGGCUAGGGCAUUUCACAGACUAUUUCGGUGAAUUGGCCGCCCGUGUCCAUUCUAUGUCAAAUUGGUCACCUGAAUCUACUUCUGCUAUCUGCAUGUACAAACUUACAGAAUUGACACCCAAAUUUGACUCAGGUUCGACGCCUCUGUCCAUGUGACUAACACUGUGCCCUUGGCUAAUUUAUGAAGAGCAAACUGUACCGCCACCCAAUAGAUAAGAUGUAGACAGCAUUGAUGUCACAGCUACAAAUGCUGUUAGAAAGUGUUUUUUUUAUUUGGGGCGUGAGAAUCGUGCCUUGGCCAUGUGAUAAGACAGCGGUGUGUAUCAUGAAUUUAAAUCAUUGUUGCAGAAUUAAUCUAUUUCUUAAGGUGUGGAAUUUGGUACUAUGCUCCGGAGAUAAUUUUCCUGCCAAGUGCUUAUCUUUUUUGGUUUCAAGUAUACGUGUUUACAAAAGAAAAGAUGUGCAAAAAUUCGUUAGAUUUUGCAGAAAUAUGUCUUCCAGUGUUUAAAAGAACAAAUUCGAGAGUAGGACAUGAUAUUUAAAUGUUUAAAAAAGAAGUGGAGGUAAACAUCAAAAUUCUUCUCUGCACAUCCUGUCAAUACACAUCUUUUUCUUUUUGAGAAUUCAACAGGCAAUAAUUUUUAUUGUCUUCUACAUUAAUCUUGCCUGUGAUGUAGAAAUAUGGAUAUUAUCACUGUAAUAAAUGCAAACCUAAGUUUAUCUCAAAUACCUUGACUCAAUCCUGGCACAUAAAUGUCAUAUCAUAUUAUCAUCCUUACAUAACUUAUUGCACAACGCCCUACCUAUUUUUUUAGAUCAACAGGCUUAUCGCCCUGUUCCAUUUCCAAAGCAAGGCCCUACCUUGUGCUAACCAUGUCGAGUUUGUAUAUAUAUAGAUCAACCUGGCAUGUGUCCAAUCAACCCACAACAAAACAGAGCUCAACAAAAAUGGCACCCACCGAAGUCAAGCAUAGCUCUCAGGAUUUGCUCCAGGCUCAAGUUGACCUUUGGCACCACGCAUUGGGGUUUGUCAAGUCCAUGGCACUCAAAUGUGCAAUGGAACUGCAAAUCCCCAACACCAUCCAACACCAUGGUGGGGCUAUGACCCCUUCGGAGCUGGCCACAAAGAUCGGGCUCCAUCCGUCUAAGCUUCCCCGCUUACGACGACUAAUGCGUGUGCUCACCGUAUCAGGCAUCUUUGUUGUCCAUGAAGCAGCCUCCGCAGACAAGGAGGCUGUGUACGGGCUUACCCCAACCACAUGCCUCCUUGUUAGCGAUGAAGUUAAAUCAAACUUAUUUCCCAUUGUGACUUUGAUGCUUGAUUCAACUGUCAUUACCCCUUUCUUUGGCAUGCACUCAUGGUUCCUAGAUGAGCAUUCCGUGUCCAUGUUCAAAAAGGCUCAUGGCGUUACCUUUUGGGAGAUGGCUGACCAGGAUAAUACUUACAACCAGCUAAUCAAUAAUGCAAUGGUUUCUGAUAGUAACUUUCUCAUGGAUAUCAUCUUGAGGGAGUGUGGUGAUGUAUUUGUUGGAAUAAACUCACUUAUUGAUGUCGCUGGAGGCCAUGGUGGAGCUGCCAGGGCAAUUGCGAAGGCGUUCCCGCAAAUGAAAUGCACCGUUUUGGAUCUUCCCCACGUGGUUGCAAAUGCUCCUUCUGAUGAGCAUGUGCCCUUUAUUUCUGGGGAUAUGUUCGAGUACAUUCCACCAGCGAAUGCUCUUUUCCUGAAGUGGGUUUUUCAUGAUUGGGGCGAUGAAGACUGUGUCAAGAUACUGAAAAAGUGCAAGGAAGCUAUCCCUCCCAGAGAUGCUGGUGGGAAAGUGAUAAUUGUAGAUAUGGUGGUUGGAUCUGGGCCAGAUGAGAUAGUUACAAGGGAGACACAGGUUUUCUUUGAUCUCUUUAUUAUGUAUCUUGAGGGAAUAGAGCGAGAGGAAUUUGAGUGGAAAAAGAUAUUCAUGGAAGCUGGGUUCACUGAUUACAAAAUUAUAUCAGUGCUGGGCGUUAGAUCUGUUAUUGAGCUCUACCCUUGAACACGGUGAAUAAAUUACAGCGUAAUCGGUGUUGUAUGUUCAUAAACUGGCAUGAACAGCAUGUGUGCUGUCUUCUGAUGUGCCUGUGUCUUGGUGUGAGUGUAAUACGUUAUUGUAUGUUUGCAAGUCGUUGUGAUCCAUAAGUUAGUGCUCUUACUACAAGACAAAUAUAUGUGGCAGGUUAUAUAGAAUCUGCCCUGGUAGUGUAUAUAAACUACCAUCUGCAGCCUGGUGUAUUUUUAGUUUAUGUUUAUAAUAAAUAAUGUCAAGAUGAUAUGUGCCUGUUUCAGUGCCCA